AUGACUUCAGAAGAACUAAAGCUUAAACACUUUCAUUUGUUAGAACAGAGCGGGAGUUUAAGCACCCUGGAUCAAGACGAAUUUAUCUACGUGGAGCAUUCUCAUGCUAUUGAAGUGCUGUCUGGAUUGAAUGAUCUUCGCAAGUCAAAAACAUUCUGUGAUGUCUCCCUUUGUGUGGAAGGGGAUGCUUUCCCUUGCCACAAGGUGGUGCUUGCUUCAUUCAGCUCAUACUUUAAGGCCAUGUUUACCAGUGAAAUGGCAGAAAGUCAGCAAAAGGAGGUAACACUAAAUGGAGUUGAGGCUCCCACCAUGAAACUUUUGUUGGACUAUGCCUAUUCUUCAAGAAUUCCAAUCAACAAGCAUAAUGUUCAAGCUCUGCUCUCUGCUGCCAACCUUCUCGAAGUACUUCCUGUGAGAGAUGCAUGCUGUCAGUUUUUAGAGAGGCAUAUGGACGAAACUAACUGUUUGGGUAUCCAUUGUUUUGCUGAAGCUCAUGCUUGUGAAGACUUGCAAGAGAAAGCCAAACAAUUUGCCUUGAGGUAUUUUAGUGAAGUUAUGAAACAUGAAGAAAUGCUAACAUUAUCUCAAAGUAAAUUUAUUGAACUUAUUUCAAGUGAUAAUUUAAAUGUUGAAAAAGAGGAAGUUGUUUUCCAGGCUGUGUUGUCAUGGUUAAAUAAGAAUGUUUCCUCAAGGAGUGAAGAUUUUCAUCAGGUUCUGGAACAAGUACGAUUACCUCUGAUAAGCCCAUAUUACCUAAAUGACUGGGUUGCACCAGUACCAGCAGUAUCUACAUCUACUCAGUGUCAAAAGCUAAUCGAAGAAGCGAAACUGUACAAUUUGCUCCCGGAUCGUAGGCAGCAGACUGCUUCUGUGAGAACUAGACCAAGGAGAUCUUUUGGUAUUGCUGAAGUAAUAGUUGCUGUUGGUGGGGAAGAUGAUAAAGUUGUGCUUCGCAGCGUAGAAUGCUUUGAUCCUGUGAAUGACAAAUGGCUCACAUUGUCUUGUUUGCCUUUUGCAAUAAGCAAGCAUGGUGUAGUUGUGACAGGUCAAAACGUUUUGUAUGUAGCCGGAGGCGAAUAUCCUGAUGGUACUGCCAGUCGAUCCCUUUGGAAGUAUGACCCAAUUUUUGACCAGUGGCACGAAAUGGCCUCUAUGAUGAUGGAGCGUUCUGAACUAGGUUUAGCUGUUCUGGAUGGUUACAUUUAUGCUAUUGGUGGUUGGGAUGGCUUAUCACGAUUAAACAGCGUUGAGAGAUACAACCCCUAUAAUAAUACUUGGGAAUAUGUUACGCCAAUGAAAAUCUCUCUUACUAGUCCUGCAGCUGUUGGCCAUGAAGGUCACUUGUAUGUUACAGGUGGCGCUGUGUUAGAAGAUGGUGAUGGCAUAGAUUUAGUGCAACGUUACUGCCCGGUAACCAAUGCUUGGGUAGACAUGGCCCCAAUGCUUAUCGCAAGAUCUGGAUCAAGAGCUUGUGUAGUGAACAAUUUAAUUUUUGUUAUAGGUGGUUGGCAUGCUUCAACAGAGAAUACUAAUAAAGUAGAAUGCUAUGAUCCCGCUAAGAAUGAAUGGAAGUUUAUAAAGCCCAUGUUGGAGCGCCGUUAUCAGCCAGGUGUGGCUGUUGUUGAAGGAAAGAUCUAUGUUUCCGGAGGAGAGGAAGGAUGGGACAGGUACCAUGACACUGUUGAGUAUUAUGAUCCUGAAGCCGAUCAGUGGUUAAUAGCUGGAGUUAUGCAAACAGCAAGAAGUUGGUUAUGUUGUGCUACUUUAAGGGAGGAAUGA